AUGGCAGCCCAAACGACAACGAUAGAGACUGUGACGGUGGUAAGGCCAAUGAAAGUAAGUUUAUAAGGUUUUUUUGGCAACAACUUUUUUUACAAAGCAAAACAUGGCAAGAACUUUCUUUACGAUACAAAAAAUGGCAAGAACUUUCUUUACAAACUCAAAAAAUGGCAAGAACUUUCUUUACAAAACCAUUUUAGGUAAUAGCCCUGAUCUGCCUGAUAUUAUCCUUCAUCCUCCUCAUCAUUGCCUUAUCAACCAAAUCCUGGGUCGGUUCGAACCAAUUCCAUACUGGACUGUUUCAAGAAUGCACGGCCGAAAGCCAGACUGGCUCGAACAGUCCGGCCAACAUCGUACCCGUACCAGAUGCACCAGCUCCAGGCACUUGUGAAGCCAUCAGUAGAGACAACCUUGUCUAUGUCAAGGCGGUUGUCGGGUUGCUGAUUGUGGCAGUCUUGGCAACUUCGAUUGGCUUCUUGACUAACUUGCUUGGACUAAAGACUAACGAUCUACAUAAGAAGCAUGCCUUCUACAAGAUUGCUACCUACUCAGCGUUGUUUAGUGGUAAGUUGGGUGGGGUGAGAAGGUGUGUUGGGUUGGGAAAGAGGGGUGAAAGAGGUGAGUGUGGAUAAGAUGGGAGGGUACAGUAGAUAUUUUAAAGGUUAGGAUAGGCCUUUUAAGGGCAGGGUAAACAUUUUUUGGGUAGGGUAGAUUUUUUUUUGAGGGGUUGUGUAGGGUACAGUAAGGUAGAAUAAAGUGGGGGUACAGUUGGUUAAGAUAGGAUAGAGUAGAUUUUUAAAGGUAGAGUAAUGUACUACAAGGUAAGGAAGAGAAGGGGCAUGGUUGGUUAAGGUAGGGUAUUGUAGGGUAUGGUAAGGUAGAGUAAUAUAGGGUAGGCUAGGGCAGGGCAGGGUAGGGUAGGGUGGGGUAGGGUCGGGUAGGGUAGGGUAGGGUAGGGUAGGGGUAGGGUAGGGUAGGGUAGGGUAGGGUAGGGUAGGGUAGGGUAGGGUAGGGUAGGGUAGGGUAGGGUAGGGGUAGGGUAGGUAGGGUAGGGUAGCGUAGGGUAGCCUAGGGUAGGGUAGGGUAGGGUGGGGUAGGGUCGGGUAGGGUAGGGUAGGGUAGGGUGGGGUAGGGGUAGGGUAGGGUAGGGUAGGGUAGGGUAGGGUAGGGUAGGGUAGGGUAGGGUAGGGUAGGGUAGGUAGGGUAGGGUAGCGUAGGGUAGCGUAGGGUAGGGUAGGGUAGGGUAGGGUAGGGUAGGGUAUUGUAAUGUAGAGAAGGGCUAUAACAAGUCUAAGACAUAUUUCUAAAAAAAAUUUUUUUGACAUUUCGUCAACAUGUCAUUGAUUUACUUCAAACAAUCAAUUUUUAGUGCUAUGUCAACUAACAGCGCUGAUAGUAUACCCAGUAUGUUUCUUCUUCACCAUGAACAUGUAUGGCAUUCGGAAUUGGGCUUUCGACUGGUCGUAUGGUGUGGCGUUUGGAGCAAUGUUGAUCACGUUCGGUGCUUCUUUGAUGUUAAUAUGCGACAAAGAGCAUGAUGAAGUUUACUACAAGGAAAAGACUAUCUACAAUCCACCUGAUAACUUUGCUUAA